CUCGGCGCGGUGUCGUAAGAGCAUUACGUUUCGGGAGCUUCGCAAUUAUGGAGCUCACAGUGUGUGCCAUUGUGUCGGUCCUGGUGACCUUACAACCUGUGUUGGGCACCCCCCAUGGAUAUGGAGUGAAGAACGGCGCGGUUGCUCAAGCCGUGGCCGGUGCUGCUGCUGGUGCCUUCUCCGGAGCAGCCGCCCUGCCCAUCGCCUUGCCCCACGGCGCCGGUUUCUCAGGCAGUUACUCCAAGUCCUCAUCAUCCAGCUUCGCAUCAUCUAGCGCUAGUUCCAGUUCAAGUUCCUUCAGUUUUUCUGGUUCAGGAAUACCAGGAGCAAUCGGAGGUUGCACGACAGGCAUUUGUCAAAAUGGUGACGGUGCGCACGCGGGUGCUUCGAAUGGAAAUUUGAACGGGUUCACACAUAAUGGGGCGACCGGUCUCGCUGCUGCACAAGCAGGUGCUAUUGCAGGAUCCCAGUCAUAUAACAAAGGCGGCGUAGUUCCAUCGUGCUCGGGAGCUGAUUGCCCCAAACAAAGUGACGCUGACUGUAAAGGCCCCAAUUGUAGUGAUUCUGAUAAGUGUGAAUCUGGACAAUGUGGACCUUCAACGUAUAAUAAUCAAAUUAAAGGAGGAUCAAACGCGGGUGCUUCGAAUGGAAAUUUUAAUGGGUUCACACAUAAUGGGGCGGCCGGUCUCGCUGCUGCACAAGCCGGUGCUAUUGCAGGAUCCCAGUCAUAUAACAAAGGCGGCGUAGUUCCAUCGUGCUCGGGAGCUGAUUGCCCCAAACAAAGUGACGCUGACUGUAAAGGCCCCAAUUGUAGUGAUUCUGAUAAGUGUGAAUCUGGACAAUGUGGACCUUCAACAUAUAAUAAUCAAAUUAUUGGAGGAUCGGCAGAAGCACAAGACAGCUCUUCAAGCUUAAGUAACAAUCUGAAUACUGAGUACAAUAGUAAAUGCACAUCGGGUGAUUGUGGUACAACGCCACAUAAAGAGGCAUCACCUUCAAGUUAUAAUCCCUCGAACAACUGCGCAUCUGGGCAGUGCGGACCAUCUUCAAGCACUGGAGGUGUAUCUCCCGCUUAUGGCGUUAGUAGUUACUCCAGCGGCCCUAGUGAAAAAUGCAGCUCAGGUCAAUGUGGACCAUCACCGGGAACCGGAAGUGUAACACCCAGCUUUGGUGGCAACAGCUAUCCUAGCGGCCCUAAAGAAAAAUGCACCUCGGGACAAUGCGGGCCUUUACCAGGAUCCGUAAGUUCCGGAAGUGUAACACCCAGCUUUGGUGGCAACAGUUACCCUAGCGGGCCGAAUGUAUCUCCAGCCAUUGGCGGCAACAGUUACCCCAGCGGCCCUAAUGAGAAAUGUACCUCAGGACAAUGCGGGCCGUCAACAGGAACCGGGAGUGUAACUCCAGCUUUUGGUGGCAAUAGUUACCCCAGCGGACCGAAUGGAACUCCAACUUUUGGUGGCAAUAGUUACCCCAGCGGCCCUAAUCAGAAAUGCACAUCGGGACAAUGUGGGCCAUCACAAGGAUCCGGAAGUGUCACACCCAGCUUUGGUAGCAACAGCUAUCCAAGCGGCCCUAAUGAGAAAUGUACCUCAGGACAAUGUGGGCCAUCAACAGGAACCGGGAGUGUAACUCCAGCUUUUGGUGGCAAUAGUUACCCCAGCGGCCCGAAUGUAACUCCAGCCUUUGGCGGUAAUAGUUACCCCAGCGGCCCUAAUGAGAAAUGCACAUCGGGACAAUGUGGGCCAUCACCAGGAUCCGGAAGUUCCGGAACCGUAACACCCACCUUUGGUGGCAACAGUUAUCCCAUCGGCUCAAAUGAGAAAUGCACCUCAGGACAAUGUGGUCCGUCAACAGGAACCGGGAGUGUAACUCCAGCCUUUGGCAGCAACAGUUACCCCAGCGGCCCGAAUGUAACUCCAACUUUUGGCAGCAGCAGUUACCCCAGUGGCUCGAAUAAAACUCCAACCUUUGGCAGCAACAGUAACCCCAGCGGCCCUAAUGAGAAAUGUACCUCAGGACAAUGCGGGCUGUUAACAGGAACCGGCAGUGUAACUCCAACCUUUAGCAGCAACAGUUACCCCAGCGGUCCAAAUGAGAAAUGCACUUCAGGACAAUGUGGGCCGUCAGCAGGAGCCGGAGGUGUAACUGCAGCCUUUAGCAGCAACAGUUACUCCAGCGGUCCUAAUGAAAAAUGCACAUCAGGACAAUGUGGACCGACGCAGGGCUCCGGAAGUGUACCUUCUGCUUUUGGUGAAAAUUAUAACUCCAAUAAACCUAACGAUAAAUGUACCUCAGGGCAAUGUGGAUCUUUGCCAGCAAACGGUAAUUCAUCUCCAAAUUACGCUUCUAACAAUAAACACGACAUCCCUAUAAAUACACCUAGAGGCACUACUCCGAAACCAAGUAACUAUCCAUCUCAAGGUUUCAAUAAUAAUCCGGGAUUUACUAGUCAAAGUGGUUCUGGGUGUCCUUUUGGAAACUGUGGAACAUUGCCAUCAUCAAAUCCUACAACAUCUUACUCGUAUGUCCAGGGUUCAACAAACACCUACUCUAAACCAAACUAUUCCAAUCAAAAUUCAGUAGGUUGUACUACUCCCGAUUGCGAUAAUGGCGCUUAUAACCCUCAUGCGUCUGCUCCAAGCAGCGCUUCAGCCCCAACUUAUAAUAAACCUGCUACGUAUUUAACAGCGCCUAAACAGGCUCCAUCGUGUACGUCGCCAAACUGUCAACCAGCUGUUAUAAGCCCUGGAUAUAAUCCAUCUAGACCUAUUACACCAGGAACUGGAGAUUAUCCUAAUAUUCAAACAAUUGCGCAAACACCUAUCUGCACCAACGGUAACUGUGGUCAAAGUCAACCACUCUACCCUAGCAGUUAUUCGGUACCUUUGAUUCCCAGUCAGCAAAACUCUGCCUAUAGACCAUCAGAGCCUAAAUGUACUUCAGCAAACUGUGGUGCAAAUAACCCUUCAGCACCAUCAAUUGUCCCUGUAAAUGAGCCUAGUAAUUACCCAACUACUCAACAACAGAUACCACAUAAAGGUGUUCCUAGUUUCAAACCAUCUUCACCUCAAGACGCUCCAUCAGUUCCAACUUAUACUUCGAAUCAACCCCCUAAAGCAACAUCUGCUCCUGUAUACAAUAAUCCAAAAGACGAUGGUUCUAUUCCUCCUUUCGUUGCUCUGACCCCACCAAAUUGUAGUGGAUCUACAUGUCCUGACAGUCCCUUGAAACAACCUAAUUACAACCAAAAUGCUGUCAGCACCGCUUCCGCGGGAUCUUCGUCAACCGGUUCCAACUAUGUUGGAACUUACAACACUGGAAGUCAAAAUCUAGGUCCCAAAAAACCUGAAAAGAACCCAUAUCUGGGUGGGUUUGGAGCUCCUCCUGGACUGCUGAAACCAAAUGACUUCACCCUGCCCAGUAGCAUACCAACCACUAAUAGCAAACCGACUACAUCUGCUGUGCCUAGCUCAGUCCCAUGUACAACUGGUAACUGUAACACUUCUCCUGGUCAGCCCCAACAUGGACAUAUUGAAGGUGGAAAUGCAAUUGCCAAACCAGAAGGAACAUACAACUCAGCUCCGUGCUCAUCAGGAAAUUGUGGUUCUCAAAAUAAACAAAGCGGUACACUGCACUUAAACGGUGCUAAUGCUGCAGCAGGAGCUGUUGCGUCAGCUAAUGCAGUUGCUUAUUCUGGAGGAUUCGGUGGCCCACCAGGGUUUUUAAAACCUUUCGAUGACGGAAAAUCCGCAGGUGGUGCGACACUGUCAAGUAGUAAAAUCCCGGUCAGUGCAUCAGGCUUAAGUGGUGGUAAUUUUCCAGCAAGUGGAAUUCAUAAUACUGUGAGCAAUGGAGGUUUGAUCGGGGCUGGAGCUCAAUCAGCUGCUUUCGCUGGGGCUAGUGCAGGUGCAUUUGGCGGAUCUUCCUAUGGUCACAAUGCUCUUGGUAGCCAGGGAUCAACUGGUGGUUGUGGCGGUGGAUGCAAUGGAAGCGGAUCCUUUGGCUCUGGGAAAAGCUUGAAUGUUAAUACUGGCCAUCACAAAGGUGGAUAUAACGACGAUUUGUAUGGAGGAAUCAGUGCAGCGGGUGCUGUAGCUAAAUCCAAUGCUGCUAGUUUCGGAGGCAGCUUCGCCACCGCUCAUGCUUCAUCAUCAGCAGCAACAAAAGGAGGUUACGGUAGAAGAUAAACUUUAUUCCAAAUAAUGGAGAUUUUAUGGACUUUUAAUAUCAACCAAACUGUUUGUGACGUAUCUUGUGAUAAAAUUAAAUUAGAUUAAGUAGUCAGUCAAUAAACGGUAUAGUAGUAGUUU